AUGAAAAGAAAAAAUCUUGAAAGGUCACCUGGUUUGCGCGAGGAUACUUAUGGAAAAUACCAUUCCCAACAUGCUGCCUCAUCAGUUCCGGAGAGUGUUAGAAGAAUUCUUCCUGCUGAAACUGUGAGCAGAGCACGUUCUCCACCUGCUCGAAUUCUGGAUCCCGUUCCGCGUCGUAAAUCGCCUCUAGAUAGUAGUAAACAUUCGAAAAGAGUGCAUAGCACAAGAUCACCAUCACCUCAAGAGAAACGUAGAAGAUACGAAAUGACGCCGAAGAUUCGAGAUGGUGUUGUUUUUGAAGGCGAAAAUUAUCAUGAAUUUCUUUCUUUUUGGGUGUCACUAUUCCACGAGAGAUGCAAAAAAUCUCAUGAUCGGGAUUUGAUAGGCGUGAAAAAACUGAUGCAAAAUAUUUCCAACGCGACGGAUGAAGAAAAAUGGAUGCUUGUUCUCCCGAAUAAUUUCCGUGAAUCAGAUCGGUAUCGAAUGAUUCACUGCGAUACUACAAUCCAUGGAUUACCGUCUUCUAUAUUUUGUGGAAGUGGUUAUGGCUUGACGGCCUGCAGCGCCAAAGCUUCGGCUGCAAAAGACUUAAUCGAUAAGAGUAAUCCAGUCGAUUCUUCGGCGAUUAAUGAAAUUGAGCUCCAUUUCGAAGACGAAGACGAGUUCGAAGAGGAAAUAUCUUCAAGAAGAAUUCGCGAAAAUAUUGGACGCGAUAAUCAUGUGCGAAUAAUUGUAGAAGAGCAAACACGGUACGGAUUGGAAAACGAGGAGCAGAUGCGACAACGAAUGAUUCUGGAGCAACAGCAUCUCGCCGUUUUGGAAAUGGAACGGGCCGAUGAAGAGCUUAACAAUGUGGUUGCCCUUUUGGAAACUAAAGUGCUGUAUUUUCGAAGCAGAGGAAUUGAUUCGAUCGUGGAAAAAAUUUUCAAUUCAAGCACAUUCAUGACUAUAGCAUCAUUAGCUGAUAUUGCUCACAUAAUGUCGAUUGGAGAUAAAAAGCAGCUUGUUGCUGAUAUCAAAAAUCUUAUCGAAUGGGCAUCUGUUGAGGAAAAUACCAGAAGCCAACAGCCGUCGACGUCAUCUCAUCACUCUUUUUCUAUGUCAGGAGAAGAUAAUUUGAAAAAUUCGAAGGAUCGAGUAAUUGUCGGAGAAUUAGUUUUGCGUCCGUUAAAUCGAACCGAAAUACGCCAACUUAUGAUCGGAAAUAAAGUGAUCGCGAAAGAUUUAAAAACUGGAAACACAAUUCGAAUGAGAAAGGAAUUAUGGCGUACGGUUCCACGAACGAAUUAUUUGGAGCUUCAUUCAUUGAGCGAUACUCGAAAACUUGAAAUUCUGAAGCGCGUCAGUCUUAUAAUGGAGCAUGUUGCUGAAGUAUUCAAAUCUAAAGUUCGUGCAAAUAUCGUUAUCUUGAAAUCCGAUCAAUCCGCGUGCCUCCUAACUCGCCUCGAACAUAUUCCAUCUUUGGUAAUUGGUGGACAUGCGAAAAUGCCGAGAAACUUCCAAGAUGCUCCACCAAUAGCAAAAAUAUUCGAAUCGUGGCGAAUGCAGUUUUUCCCGUGUCUUAAACGAAUGAUACCUCCUCCAAUCUACAAUAGAAUGUCGAACGGUAUUGAUGAUGAUACUGAUAUGGAUUGGAAUAUUCAAUUUAUCCGAAGCGCCGAGUUUCAUUUUAUGGUCUCCCGAGCUGUUAUGGUCUUAACGCAUCAAGACUUUGCCGUUCUUCAUAAUCUGCCACCAGAGGACUAUGAUCCACGAAAUAAAGUUGUCGCUGAUAAAAGGGGACUUGCUUACAAGCUUCUUGAAACUGAAUCGAAGACGUUUUGGACAUAUGAAAGAAUUCGACCUUUUAUGUAA